UGCGAUCAGAGUGUCUCCAAGAUGGCCGCUUGGGGAAGGAGGCGCCUGGGCCCGAGCAGCAGCGGCAGCAGCACCCGAGAGAGGGUGAGCCUCUCUGCUACAGACUGCUACAUUGUGCACGAGAUCUACAAUGGGGAGAACGCCCAAGACCAGUUUGAAUACGAGCUGGAGCAGGCCUUGGAAGCACAGUACAAGUAUAUUGUGAUCGAGCCCACACGCAUCGGCGACGAGACUGCCCGCUGGAUCACUGUGGGCAACUGUCUGCACAAGACCGCUGUGCUGGCGGGCACUGCCUGCCUCUGCACCCCACUGGCCCUGCCCCUGGAGUAUUCUCAUUACAUCUCCCUGCCAGCUGGUGUGCUGAGCCUGGCCUGCUGUACCCUGUAUGGGAUCUCUUGGCAGUUUGACCCUUGCUGCAAGUACCAAGUGGAGUAUGAUGCCUACAAACUGUCACGCCUGCCUCUGCACACACUCACUUCCUCCACCCCAGUGGUGCUGGUCCGGAAGGACGACUUGCACAGAAAGAGACUGCACAACACAAUAGCAUUCGCUGCGCUGGUGUACUGUGUAAAGAAGAUUUACGAACUCUGUGCUGUAUGAUUUCAGGAGGGAAGGAAAGAACGCGAAACAGCCCAGAGACAACAGUACUCAGAUGAAACAGCACAGCCUGGGAAGGUAUUUGGUUAACAUUUGUUAUUUUUUAAAAAUAACGAUCAAGGUGUACCAGGAGGUUCUUUAGCUCAUUACACUAAGGUGUGGACCUCUAUAACCCAAGAAGGGGGUCUGAAGCUGUGGACAUCUAACUGGGCAGUGGAAUGCUGAUGAAGCAAAUGCUACUGAGGGGUGUGAACAUAUUUUGGGUAAGGGUGUCUAAAGUAUAUUGUUUAACUGUACCAUCCAGAGCCAACCAGAAGCUAUUGACCAUUAAAAUGAGUGUUUCAAUUGCA